ACUUCAUUUCUCGCAGCAGUUCACGCCUUGACGAAGAAUUCUUAAAACAAACUACCAGAACGCGCGCUUUUCUCUUAUAACCUCAUAAUGGAACUCAGAACUGAUACAUUUGCGUUCUAAAUCCAGUGACGACAGUUUCAAUAUGAAUUCAUCACCACUUCAAAAAGUUUUGUUUUAAAACUUAUAUUUUAACAUGUUCUAAACGUUCCAAAUGCACACUGUUGUUCUCCGAAUUAAACGUUUGUGAAUUCUUAAAUCUGCAGAUUGAGUAAAGUGCGCGCGGGAGGCGCGGUGUGCGCGCAGACUUUGCCCAGGCGCGUAAAGUGCGUAUUCAAACGCGUCCCUCUCUACGCAUCAGUUUUAAGGCGGACUACAGCCACUCAUGACGCUCAUUAGUUGACGAGGUUUUUCCACGCUUCCACGCUGACACCACCCGCACAGCACUGAGCCCUGAAGAAGAGACAGCAUCUAUCCGAGAAGACUAACGUUAAAGGUUGAAGAUGGAGGCCUUUAAUGACAGAGUCAACACUUACAUCGACUCUUGGAUGGGACCCAGGGAUCCUCGGGUUAGAGGAUGGCUUCUGCUGGACAACUACAUCCCCACUUUCACCUUCAGCAUGAUGUACCUUCUGAUUGUGUGGAUGGGACCAAAAUACAUGAAGAACAGACAGCCAUACUCCUGCAGAGCGCUGCUAGUGCCAUAUAACCUCUUCCUGACGCUUCUGUCUCUCUACAUGUUCUAUGAGCUGGUAAUGUCAGUGUAUCAGGGCGGAUACAACUUCUUCUGCCAGAACACCCACAGCGGAGGAGAGGCCGACAACAGGAUGAUUAAUGUACUCUGGUGGUAUUACUUCUCCAAACUCAUCGAGUUUAUGGACACUUUCUUCUUCAUCCUGAGGAAGAACAACCACCAGAUCACCUUCCUGCAUGUCUACCAUCACGCCACCAUGCUCAACAUCUGGUGGUUCGUCAUGAACUGGGUGCCGUGUGGACACUCGUAUUUUGGCGCCACGUUUAACAGCUUCAUCCAUGUCCUGAUGUACUCGUAUUACGGCCUCUCUGCCGUCCCGGCCAUAAGACCGUACCUGUGGUGGAAAAAAUACAUCACUCAAGGGCAGCUGGUCCAGUUUGUCCUGACCAUGUUCCAGACAUCUUGUGCUGUGGUUUGGCCCUGUGGUUUCCCAAUGGGCUGGCUGUAUUUCCAAAUCACUUACAUGAUCACUCUUAUCACGCUCUUCUCAAACUUCUACAUACAGACCUAUAAGAGAAACGCAGGAUCUCGGAAGACCGAUCUCACGAACGGAUCGAUAAAUGGCCACACUAAUGGCGUGACAUCCAGCGAGAAGGUUAGAUACAGGAAGCCACGCGCAGAUUGACGGCAGUUUGUCCACGCACGGUCCUGUCAUUGAUAUGAACGCAGUAGAGGAGCUGCAUGUAUGUGUAUCAUCUUACUAAAGCCAUUUAAUCUUUAUUAAGAGACUUGCACACCGCAACCUCAUGUUAUUCAUAUUGAAUCCAAAAAUUAGGAAAAGAGAGCUACAAUUAGGGUCCAAGUUAGUCUACGUCUCAGGCGUCUAUAGAGUAUUUUUGUUUUUCAUAUAUUUUUCUUGAAAUAUAAAGAUGGCUAACCUUAUUGCUGUACUCAUUUGCACUGGUGUUUUCACUAAACUUGUUUGUAGACAUAAAGAAGAAUGUAUCAGAGGAGUUUACUAAAUACACAGCAGUCUGCCACACUUAGAGAGCUGAAUUAUACAGUAAUAGCCUAUGCAAUGUGUCUUUACAGUACAGACAAUAGAUGAUCACAUAUAUACAUUGGGAAAUAGGAGAAAUAUGGAAGCUAAUUAUUGUGAUGAUUGAGUUUAGUAAAUUAAAGUAGGUUUACAAAAGAAAAUGGACUGUUUAUUUUAUGUUAACACUGAUUUAGCGUAGUUUGUUGUUGGCGCUGUACUGUACAGGUGAAUCUUAUCAAAACAUAUCUAUUUCAUUCCAGCUUACACAUUUUUUUUUUUUUUUUUUUUUUUUGUGUAUUUCUCAUUCCCAGCCCAUUUUUUGAAAACUUUACUGUACUACAAAAUCAUAAUGUGUAAAAAAUGUAUUAUUGUUUUUUUUUUUCAUUACUGUAAUGACAAUAAUAUUCUUUAAAUUUGACAAUAAGUUUAACAUAUUUGUUUAAAACAUUAGAUAACCUGAACUAACAAUGAAAAAUACUUCUAAAGCAUUUCUUAAUCUUAGUUCAUGUUCAUUUUCAACAUUUACUCAUACAUUAUUGAAAUAAAAAGUUGUAUGUUAAUAUUAUUUACUGGACCUGAGCUAAACCGAACAGUUGUAUUUUUGAUGAAUAAAUAAUACUGUAACAAACAUAUUGCUCAUUGCUAGUUAACAUUAGUUAAUGCAUUAACUAAUGAAACCUUAUUGUAAAGUGUUAGAUUCUUUCCCUCACAAAUGUGGUAAAAUUUCAUGAACACAAUGUCACAACUUUAAUGGUUUAGAUUUUUAGAUUUAGGGGUGAAAUAUUAGUCAGGCAUUGAAAUUGAUCCAAACAGCAUGAAUAUGACAAAAUCAGAUCACUAAUAUACACUUGUUUGUUGUAUCUGAAACUGGUAAUAUUGUACUGGCUUCGCAUCCAUUGCACUCUGUCAGUGUUUUCAACCUGAAAGAUUUCCAGCCUGCAGAUAUCAGCGUCAGUGUAAUGUCUGUUCUGUUUUAACUGGCUAGUCUUUUCUGCAAAAGAGUUUUCUGGUGUUAAAACCGCCAUGAUGAAUCCGCAGUUCUGCAUGUCGCUUCAGUGAACCACUGCUUACACUGUAAUGACAGCACUUUUAUUAACUCUGUAACACUUUCCUUUUCCUCUCUGUGAGGCGCUGUAAGUGCUGCAAGAAAUACCUUGUGUCAGUUAGUGAAGGAAAUGAGCACAAUUAUUUAGAGCCUGUUGGGUCACCUGAAACAUGAAAUCAGGACGUUUCGACAGCUUAACACACUCAUUCUCUGUGCCAGCAUUCCAGACUUUGUCAAGCAAAGUUCAUUUUGUCCUUGUGUUUGAACACUUUCCCUAAUCUAGCCUGCUGUUGUUUUGCCAUUUAGGUGUGUUAAAGUUAAACCAUUAGCAUGGACCUACAGUAAACAAUUAAUACUACUUGUGCAACUUCUGUAACAUUGAUUUGUCCUUCUCAUUUAUUUCAGUUAUUGCUGUUAAUAAGUCAUUCUCUCUGUUAGUGUCCUGUUUAAUUGGAUAUGUAAUAAUAUCUUGCAUUAACCGUGAUACUUCCCUGAUGUAAUGUUGUUAACUGAUGCUUUUGUUGCAGGCAUACAGACACACCCAUCCAAUGUACACGAUACCAUUGGCUAUUAACACAGUAGAGAAUUAAUGAAGUGUAUCACAAGUAGAACAUCCCACGACCAUUAAUAGACACAAUACCAAUAAAGUGAUUUUUAUUUGGA